GAGAGAUGAACAGCGGCGUUCUCUCAGUAAAGAUGUGGCUCUGUGUGUUUCUGCUCUACUCUGUGCUGCAGGAAUCUUCAGGCUGCACUGUAGAGCGAGGUUUGGGAGACACCAUCACCAAAUCUGCUGGAGAUUCUGUGGAGCUGCCGUGCUCCUGUGAACAACAAACAAAGGAAGAUCCUCAGACAGUUCAGUGGGGAUUUAAGAGACAGUUCACACCAGGCGACUACAGAGCUGAUCACUCAGUGUUUCCAGAGGACGGCAGUCAGAAUCGGCGCUACAGAGGCAGAGUUCAGAUACUGAAUCAGAAUAAACCAGGAACUGUAGCUCUAAUCAUCUCCCACCUCACUGAGGAAGAUGAAGGAGCGUAUCUGUGUGGGAACAACGGGAAAUAUAACAGAGCCGUCACUCUCCAAGUCUCCACAGGCUGUGUUGUGCUGAGUGACACUGAGAGAACGUUCUCCAGAUCUUCAGGAGAGUCUUUUCUGCUGCCCUGUCCCUGUCCCAAAGACCAACACAGGAUCAACCCUGAGAGAGUCACAUGGACUAAAAAUCAGACUGCAGUGUCUAAUGAUACAGAAUCCUACAGAGGCAGAGUCUGGAUGUUCGACCAGAACCAUUCCAGAAAUUUCUCUCUCCUCAUCUCAGAUCUGACUAAAGAGGACUCUGGACUCUACACCUGCAGAGCUGACGAGAAGGACAUGCCAUAUGUCCAGCUGGACGUCACAGGCUGCACUCUGUCAGAGAAUAAACAGACUGUUCCAGUCAGUAGAUCCUCAGGAGAGUCUGUUCUUCUGUCCUGCACCUGCACUGACCAGCAGGGCAGACCUGUGGGAGUUCAGUGGAGAACUCCAAACCAGGAAGAUCUCCUUCAGCGCUACAGCGGCCGAGUUCAGAUGUUUAACCAGAGCUCUACAGGAAAUUUCUCUGUACUGAUCUCAGACCUGACUGAAGAGGAUGGAGGAACAUAUUCAUGCUGGAUAAACCAGAAUCAGUACAGGAACUUCAGCCUCACUGUUAAAGACUGCAAACUGUCAGAGACUCAGGAGAAAGACAUUCACAAAUAUCCAGGAGAUUCUGUUCUCCUGCCCUGCGCCUGCUCUGACCAACACACCAAACCUAUAAGUGUGAAAUGGGAGCGUGUGGACUCAGGAGGGACUGAGGUAUCCAAUGAGACACCACGAUACACAGGCAGAGUCCAGAUGUUUAAUAAGAACCUUCCAGCAAAUCUCUCUCUGCUGAUCUCCAACCUGACUGAACAAGACCAGGGAACAUACAGAUGUUCAAUCAACAACAAACAGUCCAUCAACAUCACACUCAACAUUACAGACUGCAAACUGUCAGAGACUCAGGAGAAAGUCAUUCACAAAUAUCCAGGAGAGUCUGUUCUCCUGUCCUGCUCCUGCUCUGACCAACGCACCAUACCUGUAAGUGUGAAAUGGGAGCAUGUAGACUCAGGAGGGACUGAGGUAUCCAAUAAGACAGCAAACUACACAGGCAGAGUCCAGAUGUUUAAUAAGAACCUUCCAGCAAAUCUCUCUCUACUGAUCUCCAACCUGACUGAACAAGACCAGGGAACAUACAGAUGUUCAAUCAACAACAAACAGUCCAUCAACAUCACACUCAACAUUAAAGACUGCAAACUGUCAGAGACUCAGGAGAAAGACAUUCACAAAUAUCCAGGAGAGUCUGUUCUCCUGCCCUGCUCCUGCUCUGACCAACGCACCAUACCUGUAAGUGUGAAAUGGGAGCAUGUAGACUCAGGAGGGACUGAGGUAUCCAAAAAGACGGCAAACUACACAGGCAGAGUCCAGAUGUUUAAUAAGAACCUUCCAGCAAAUCUCUCUCUACUGAUCUCCAACCUGACUGAACAAGACCAGGGAACAUACAGAUGUUUAAUCAACAACAAACAGUCCAUCAACAUCAGACUCAACAUUAGAGACUGCAAACUGUCAGAGACUCAAGAGAAAGUCAUUCACAAAUAUCCAGGAGAGUCUGUUCUCCUGUCCUGCUCCUGCUCUGACCAACGCACCAUACCUGUAAGUGUGAAAUGGGAGCGUGUAGACUCAGGAGGGACUGAGGUGUCCAAUAAGACGGCAAACUACACAGGCAGAGUCCAGAUGUUUAAUAAUAACCUUCCAGCAAAUCUCUCUCUACUGAUCUCCAACCUGACUGAACAAGACCAGGGAACAUACAGAUGUUCAAUCAACAACAAACAGUCCAUCGACAUCAGACUCAACAUUAAAGGCUGCACACUGUCAGAGACUAAAGACAAACUGAUUAUCAGAUCUCCAGGAGAUUCUGUUCUCCUGCCCUGCUCCUGCACUGACCAACAAACCAAACCUAGAAAUGUGAAAUGGGAGCGUUUAGACUCAGGAGGGACUGAGGUAUUGACGACAAACAACACAGGCAGAGUCCAGAUGUUUAAUAAGAACCUUCCAGCAAAUCUCUCUCUACUGAUCUCCAACCUGACUCAAAAAGACCAGGGAACAUACAGAUGUUCAAUUAACAACAACCAGUCCAUCAACAUCACACUCAAUAUUACAGAAGACACUGGGGAAACCGUAAAACUGGAAUCCUGGACGCUAAUCAUCAUCGUCUGUGCGCUCUUACUGAUCCUGCUCUUACUGCUGGGAGGAGCUGCUUGCACCUACUGUAAACAUGGAAAAGGAAGAAAAAAGAGUAAGGAAAAAGAAACAGGACAGAGAAGAAACGAGGAUGACAUAAUAUACUCAACUGUAAUCCAGCGUGGAAGCGGCAAAUGCCCAGAAAAACAGGACAAUGUAACAUACGCAUCUGUAGUACACGGAAAGAAGGACGAACCUGCCAAAACCGAGGAUGAUGUGACCUACUCCUCCUUAGUUCAUGGUAAAAAAGGAAAUGCAACACAAAGACAGGCUGAGGAGGACGUGACCUAUUCAGAUGUAGCUUUUCGUAAGAACAAAUCAGCAGAACAAAAGGAUGACGUGACCUACUCCUCCAUAGUUCAUGGCAAAAAAGGAAAAAAAACAAAAAAACAGGUUGAGGAGGACGUGACUUAUUCAGAUGUAGCUUUCUGUAAGGCGGCCAAGUCAUCAGAACAGGAGGACCAAGUGACCAUCUCAUCUGCAGCCCUCAAAACUAAGAAGGAGGCUGAAGAGCCCAUGGUUUAUGCCAGCGUGAAGCAUGCCAAAAAAAAACAAUAGAUAUAAAACGUGCUUGGCCCCAUAUAUUUCUACACAGUGGCACAGCGUCUGGAUAUGCAGGACAUGCACUUGCAUACAGGCCUGUGUACCACCUCUGUGUUUUAUGUUUGUGCUCUGCUUGUUUGGAGGCAAAGCCUCAUUUUCUAUGCGCAGUUCCGCUCUCUUUCUGUGAAACCCACAGUGUGCCACUGCAUUAAUUUCAACCUGCAAUGAAACCACAAAAAAGCUGAAGUAGUGGACAUGUGGCUUGGAACUCGUCUAAGAAAGGGAUGUCAAUCUAGUUGAAGAUAGAGAACGUUACCAGUCUAUUACCUCAUGUAACCUUACUAAACCGGUCGAGUUGUAACUCCGUUCACCUCGUACAUCAUGAUUGAAAACAGUUGAUACCAAACAUGACUAACUGCCUAAAUGAUGAGCAAGUUGUAUUCCAUUAAAUCUGCAAGAACAGAGUGAGCUUGAGCUUGGGGUUUAUGUGCAUUCUUCUGCAGGCAGGGCUUUUCAUCCAUUCUAGACCUGAAAUCACUGCUUAGCAGCCAUUGCUGGCCAAUACUUUGGUCAAGCUUUUAGGUCGCAGCAUGCCAGUGUUUUCCAGAUCUGAUCAUAAGAGGAGACUUUAAAAAUACCCCAAAAAUAACCCAAAAAAUCUUAAAAAAAAGAGUAGAGCGUUUUGUUUUCUACCCAUUUCCAAAGCAGAAAGGCCUGCCAGCCUGAGCUGAACCUAGUUUUGCUAAAGUCUUCUCCAUCUUUUAAUGGAGUUCUGGCUACUUAUACUCUUUCACUUCGCUGCUGUUGUGGCUUUCUUAACAAUAUCUUGCAUUGAAUACAAAUCCAAAUCUAAAAGACACCAAUUUACACAUCUUUUAUGAUUUCUACCAUUAUUUCAUAAUAAUCUUGGCUUUUGCACCGUUAUAUCAGGUCUUGCUACAUACAGGCUACAAGGUUCCUACGCAUAGGAACUGAAACCAAGGAUUAAAGAGGAAAAAAAGAGAACUGGCAGAUGAAAGGGUAAACGCAUCAGCCAAUCAGCCAAGCCACAGUCAUCCGAUCAUAAGCUGUCUGAACUUUGGAGCUGAUCCAGGCAAGUUCUAAUGAAUGAGGGAUUGACUACGUUAGACCCAAAACCGUUCCGAGUUCGUUUCUUUGCUUGGUGCUGUAAGCAGACGAUACCAACAUACGUUCGAGGACCACAGGCCAUCAAACUGGUGACCAAGUGGAAAGAAAAAAGGGUGACACUUAAGAAAUAGCACAAAAAAAAAGCACCACAUAGUUUAAAAAAAAAAAAAAAAAAAAAAAAAAAAAAGCUGUGAGAGCUGUAGCCAUGCUGUAGUUAUUUUUACGGCGUGGUGUGAAUCGUAGCGUCCUGCAGUGGAGACUACACGAUUCUGUGGUCAAGUGUUUCGCAGAAGUAUUUUCCUUUUAAUUUAAUGUAGGUUUGCUUGAACGUGCGCGUAUGAUAAGAGCUUGAGUUUUGCUGCUGCAACAGCACAAAUAUUUUUAUAUCCUAUUAAAAUAGGCUGUUCAUCGCUGGUCACCGAUGGAAGAAAACCUUAAUACCUCCAAAAUGGUAACCUGACAAAGAAGGAGAGAUGUUCAGUGAUGAUGCCUUGAAGGUCUCACAUGACAGCUGACAUAAACCUACAUAAACAUUUAUAAAGGCUUCAUUUCUUCAAUAAGUAGCUUUUGUCAACUUCAAUGUCACGUUAACACACGUUGAUCAACAGGCUUUCAGUGGUGUGAGGGGUCAUUACAGUUUGUGAGAUAUAAAACGCAGCAUGCUGGGACAACUUCAACUUUGUACCUCAGUGUGUUUUUGGUCAAACACAUAAUGGUGACGGUUACACAACUUUACAAGUGAGGCUGCAAAAUCAAAGAGCUUUGUUUUAGCACUGAAGUCAGAAUCUACUGUACUGUCGUUCUAUUGUGAAGGUUUUGAUUCUGAUCCUGUUUUGACAGAGUUAUGUUUAUUCUCUCUGCCCCUUCAGGAAAGAGAGUUUAAUUUAGCUCUUUGUGUUAUGAAUCCUAACAGUACUGCCAAAAGCACAGCUACAUUUAAUAUUAUUUCAUGUGGCUCUUGAGGAAAAGUAGCUGUUUGUUCUGUUGGGGUUUUUUUUGCUGAUUGUUUUGACACAAUCUGCAGCUUCAUGGUGUCACAACUUUUUCUCUCUUGCUAGUGGGGCUGGAAGAAAUCGCUUUCCCCUACACAGCGUUCAUUUCUCACUGAAAAAUACGAUGUGUUCAGCUAUUCUGUAUCACCAGUAGGAACAAUUUGGCCGAGAAAACCCAUCAGGUUUAAAACGUCCAGUGUAGCGUUUGAACGCAUAUGAAACAGACACUGUUAGAAACAGGACACACUGUAAAAUGGACACAAUGCAACUAGAAAGUCGGCCGUCGUAACGCAAUCGCUGUUAAUCAUUUCACCCAAUAAAGAGUUGAGACACAAUAUCAGCCCAGAUCUGGGCUGAUGUUCAUGUCACGUUGGUGUGGUAUGAACCUGAGACUGAAGUUGAUAAAAAGUAGCAUUUAUGAGAACGGCUGCUUAUUGAAUAAUACAGUUUAUUAUUAACAUUUAUAAAUGUUUAUGCAGGUUUAUGAAAAGGCUUAUGUGGCUGUUCUGUAGUUUCAUGAACUUAACCUACAGUAACAUGUUACCAAAUACCCUUAAUAAUGUACAGUCAUAUGCAAAAGUUCAUAUGACCUGGUUAAAUUACAUGUUUUGUUGAUUUCCUAAGUGACAACAAGUACAAAAGUGCACAUGUUAAUGCACAAUUGCAACAUUGGGAAACAAUAAAUUAUACAAUGUGUCCUGUGAAAAUGUCGUGGCACAUUUUAUAUUUAAUGUUUUCCAAUUUGUUAAACUGAGAAAAUAAACAGAAAAAUACCACAUUUUGUUCUCUGUAGAGGGCACAUUAACUUCUUUUUAACUCCACAUCUUAUUUCAAACAACAUGCCAUUUGAUCAGGGAGUGUUCAAGCUUCUGCACACGAGUCAUUUUGAGCCUCUCGUCAUGAAAUGUUCCCACAAUGUAAAAGGGAGUUGGUGUUUUCAAAUGGGGAAAGUGGUUUUGUUUUCAGUCAUCGUGUUUGACAGAAAAAAAUGUAUGUGCAAGUUCAUCAGCAGUGCUUUUAAAUAGCUAAUGUGUGAUAUUACUCAGCCACUAGAGAAUAAUGACAUGAACGUGUGGACAAAGUGCACAUUACAUUAUCAGGGCUGCACAGAGAAUGUCCUAUUAAAGUAUUUCACUGAUGUCGGAAGAAAACCUCAUUUCUCCAAUUUGAUCAUUAACUUUACCUUUUCAGCUUUUGACGUACUAUGAAAACACUUGUUGCCCAUUACAUUGUGUGUAAAUUUAAUGAUGGAUGGACCAAAAGAAGUGGAACAAAAUGACUAGAAAAAAAGUCUGGUUCCAUUGACUUACAUCAAAAGUAAAGUUCUUCCUUCUCCCGCAGAGCUGUAAAUUUUGGAAAUACAAGGUUUUCUUCCAAGAACAGCGGUAUGUUUAAUUCCCAUAAUAGCUCUACUGUACAUCUACAGUCAAAUGGAAAAGUUUAAACACCUCUUGUUUUGUUAACAUCUGCAUUUCUCUGUGGAGGGCGUGUCAUUCAGAAAAAUGAUUUUUAUUGGAACUGGCCCUUGCUGACGGUUAGGUUAGGAAGGUUAGCCAUGUUGUAAUAAAAUGAUAUAAGGGGGAAAAAAACGGACAUGCCUUUUGUCACUGUUGUAAAUAAUCAUAAACACAAAUUUCACACGUGUAAACAUUUUAGUAGAAAUCUUCUAUAAUUACUUGGAAUGAAAGCUCUGUACAUGGACCUAGAUUAAAGCUUAAUGUUUUUGGCUUCGACUGUAAAAGGUAUUAUUUUAGAGAGGUGUGUUUUUUUUUUCUUGGACAGCAACAAUAUACCAAUGUCCUUAAUACAUAUGUUGGAAUAUAUGCUUUUGUAAAUGAGCUCUAGAUAGAUAAAUAGACAGAUAGAUACUUUGGUAAAUCUCCUUUGGGAUCAAUAGUUUGCCUUUAAAUUGAGAAUAUUUAUUCUGGCUUUUUGUUUAAUUCGCUGGCCAUUUAUUCGACGUGUGAUGCUCAUUUCUGUAUAUUUUUGUUUCAUAUGAUGACUUUGCUAAGAAACACUGAGGAAGCACCUGGAUUUUUACAGCAAGCAUUAAUCCUCUGUUAGAAACUGAUUCUGAAGAAAUUUGAUCUCAUUAACAAAUGUGAGUAAAUUUUGCAUGAGGACAUUUCGAUCUCCAUUAAUUUCACAGUAAAAGUGGAUUUGUCAAAAUAUAUAAAGAGUCAACAAGGAAUUUUGGAGAAUUUUCAGCAUAAGCAGAUUUGCUAAUAAAACCAUUUCACUAUUGUUCAAGAGGAAUCUCUGCUUCUAACCAAAAAUAAUUACACAAGUUUUAGAGCACAUAUGGUUCUUGGCCACUAGUGAAAUGUUAAGGUGCUAUGCUAAGUUGAAUUGUAUCAGGACUUUCACAAUGUUUUACAUUCAGACAAACUGCCUUUUUGUACAGAAAAUUAGAUAAACUUUGUCAGCUAUAAUUCUCACUGUUAAUGAUGGUGAUAUAUACAAUAUUCAUGAAGUUUUGUUUUUCAGCUAUUGAACUUAAUUCACUUGAGCAGCUUCCACCAAUAAAGAUCAUUUCUGUAUUUUGUCAUGUUGUUUAUUUAGACAAUUGUCAAUAUUCCACAUGUAAAAGCCUUUAGUUGUGUGCAGAAUGAUGUACUAAUGUCUGUCAGCUACGUUAUGCUUUUAAGACAACCUUGGUGAAGUCUUUACUAAAAGAAAA